AUGAAGGCGGCUUGGGAAGCAUUAAAAAGAAGACAAAUUGAAAAGCUGCUGCCAGCGCUGUCUCUUAACCCCCCGCUGCCCUCUUGUGUGUCUCUGGGCACUCAAGUGCUGCAGCAGCAGCCAGCAGCAGCAGAAGCUCUCCGCAGAGCAGCAGACAUCGAGCAGCAGCUCCAGGCAGCCACUUUGGGCCGCAACAUUUCUUCUUUGUCUCCUUCUGAGCUGAAAGGUCUUGACUGGAGUCUCUUAGAUGCUGCAAGGGCUUUGAACCCCGAAGUCUCCGCCGUGGCGAAGUAUUUGCUGCAGGUCCCCUCGAAGCGCUUCAGGCCUUUGCUGCUGCUGCUGCUGCACCGCGCGCUGCAGCACUGCGUGCCUGCACAAGACAGAGACAGCAGCAGCAGCAAAGAAGUGCUGCCACUUAUUAUGGUCCCCGUUGCAGAGCUCAUACACACAGCAACACUGAUGCACGACGACGUGCUGGACGAGGCCCCGACGCGGCGCGGGCGGACUUCGGCGCCAUUUGCCUUCGGCAGCAAAAAAGCCGUUUUGGGCGGCGACUUCCUUUUGGCCCGCGCCAGCAGCAUCGCGGCCACAGCUGGCUACCCAGAGGUUUGCUUCCGCGUCGCCCAGGCAGUGGAAAAUCUGGUCACGGGCGAGCUGCUGCAGGCCCUCACAAAGACUUCAGAUAUAGCAAAAGCCUUCGAGGCCCUUUUGGCCAAAAGCUACUGCAAAACGGGGUCCCUCAUGGCUGAGACCUGCGCCUGCUUAGCUGUGCUGGGCGGCUACAGCCGCGCCUGGGUCCGCUGGAGCCACGACUUGGGCGCGGCCGUCGGCCUCGCCUUUCAACUGCUGGACGACGAGGCCGACUUGCUGGCCUCUGCGCAAACCCUGGGCAAACCCUCAAACAGCGACUUGCGCAACGGCAUUGCGACUGCGCCGUUGCUGCUGGCAGCACAGGAGCACCCGCAGCAGCUGCUGCCGCUGCUGCAGCGGCAGCUAAAGGGCGAAGGAGACCCAGAUUUAGCAGCAGCAAAAAUAAGAGAAGGCGCAGCUCUUCCCAGGGCCCGCCUGCUGUCUCGGGUGUACAUACACCACGUGCUGCAGCUGCUGCAGCAGCUGCCACGCGAGACGCAGCAGCAGCAAAACGCAGCAGCAGAUCUCGCUGCUCUCCUGCAGUGGAUAACACAAAGAUCAAGUAAAUGA